AACAACUAUAUGACAUGUAUCCAUAUAUAAUACUGGUCUGCCAACCCAUAACACAUAGGCUUACUUGUGUGUUGCUUUCAUUUAGAGAGUCAUUAGUUGCAAGAUUGAGCUGAGAUUAAAUUAAGUGGUUUCAUGUUGAAUAAGUAUAGAGGUUUUUCAAUGUCGCGCUCAACGUGUUUUGUUUCUUGUCUAGUUUAUUGCUUGAUCUUGAUUGCUGGUGUUCAAGCAUGGAGCAAAGAGGGUCACACCAUCACCUGCAAAAUGGCUCAGGAUCUGUUGGAACCAGAGGCACUAGAUGCAGUGAAGAAAUUAUUACCAGACAAUUUAAAUGGUAACUUAUCGGCGUUAUGUGUGUGGCCAGACCAAGUAAGGCAUUGGUACAAAUACCGCUGGACUAGCCCUCUUCACUUCAUUGAUACUCCUGAUGAUUCUUGCUCUUUCAAUUAUAAACGUAAGCACUUGAAACAGUUACAAGUAGAUUAG